UCCCUUGUACUGAAUGAUGUUGCAAUCUAUGAAAGUUGUAUAACUCACAAACAAAAAAUGAAACUUCGAGUCCGUUGUAAGAAAACAACGAGAGUUUUGGAGUUAAAUGACGAGCAAACUGAGGGCAUAACCGUGGGAGGUGUCAUAGAAAGCGUGAGACAUCUAUUUGGAGAUUUGCUCAAUGGUGACUUCCAUCUGAGCCUUAAUGGUACAGAUGCUCUGUGCCUGUCAGCCAAAUUGCUAAGUGACUGUGGUAUUGUAGGUGGUGACCUCAUUCAUGUCAUACAGAUGCACCACAGUCAGGAUCCCCUCAGCCCUGGGCCUUCCAAACAAGAGCAUCAGAAUGAAAUCUCAACAAGCAGAACUCUGGAUACAGUAGGCAGUUCUCAAAAUAAAUCACCCAGCCAGGCACAAUGUUCCAAUACAUCGUCAAUGGAAAGAAGAGAUGAUACACAGGGUGAUUUACCUUUGAUAAAGGGACAGUCACAAAUGGACACACAAACUGCAGAGUCAUCAGGGGAGAGAAGUAAUCUUGCACAGAGUGAACUCCCUUCUGGAGACGACUGCUCUGAAAUGGAAGUACAAGAAGAAGAGGUAGACUUGGCGGUUGUAUGGCGAUGUUUGAGUGAACCAGUGCUGUGUAGGGAGGCAGUGGAUGGCCAGGUUCCUUCUCUAUUAAAGGAAAUGUACACCAUUCUUGAGCCUGUCACUAUGUCCGAGAAACUAGCGGUUGUAUUACAUGUUCUCAUGUUGGAGACUGGCUUUAUCCCUCUGGCAAGUCAAGACCCCACCGUCACUGCACCCCCUACUUCCACGUGGAGACAGAAGGGUUACCAGUUGUUCACAUAUUCCUACCCUGGUUGUGGGGACCACACUUGCAGUCUGACCCUUCUACAGGCGGGCAGGACAGUCAUGGCACAUGGUAAAGUUGGUGGUGGACAUGAUGCGACCAGAAAGUGUUCUCUAGAUAUCGGAUGCUUUAUACAGGAUGCAGUAUCUGACUGUGCAGCAAGCUAUGGAGACCUGGCCAAACUAUCGCGAGUGUUCAAAGACAGCAUAGCAAACCCUCUGGUUCAGGACCUCAGGACAGCUGCUGGACUCGUUGACAUAUUUGGUUUGAUGGCUCUCACUCUUGAACUGAAGCUUCGAAUCCUGAGUACCCUGGACUUGCGUAGCGUCCUACAGAUGUCGUGCGUUAACACUGAACUUUAUGACACAUGCUGCGACCCUUCGAUAUGGAGACGGCUAUAUCUGAAGGACUUUGGAAACCGAAGAGACAACAGUCUGUCACAGAACUGGAAAGAGCUCUACAAACAAGAGUUCAAGUCCAGGAAGGAGCGCAGGAAGCUCAUGAGCAGAACCACCUUGAUAGCCCCGCCCUUCUGGGGGCCUCAGUACCCCUUCGGUGGGCCCAGUCACUGGAUGCCCCCUCUACCAGGCAGGGGCAUCAUUGGGGGCGAUUACGACCUAUAUCCAAACUUUCCUAGUGGUCUUCCGGGAAUACCGGGCCGGUUUGGCCCUCGCUUGCCCACCCUGCCACAACCCCGUUACGACCUGAUAGGGCCAAUUGUGGAUCCAGGGCCCGACCCUUUCCAUAUCCCCCGUCGGCUCGGUCCUAGUAGGGGCGGCUUUGGGGUCAGAGGGGGCUUUGGAAUGGGGCGAAGGUUCUUUUAGCUUCGCGCUGUUUGUGAGCGAAACAUUGUAUUAACUCAUGGGCAAAUGAAGAGGUGUUGCUUUACAUGGAGGCAGUUUACCAAAAAAAAUGGCAACAACUGAAAUUGUGUUGUUAUACCGGUUUGUGUUUACUUUUUGAGUCAGACAUGGAAACAUUUCCGUAAUGAUGGAAGGAUAAGGUUAUUGUGCUAUAUUAUGAACUGAUUUCAUUCAGUCACAUGUGGACCAUGAGCAUGAAAUAUGCAGUUUGAGGCAUGAUAUGGGAGUUCAACAUAUACCCUGCUUUUCUUAUGAUUCCAUGCAUGUAGUUACGUUAGAUUAAAAUUUACGCUAAGAACAUGUUUUUAAAAUAACUAAAGCGGUACAGUUAAUAUGCUUUGUUUUGUCCUUGUGGAGCAGAAAGAUCUAUGUCACAUUUUGUCCACCAUACUGUACCGGGGUUAUUGCAAAUAUUUAUGCCCCCCUUCGAAGAAGAGGGGGUAUAUUGCUUUGCUCAUGUCUGUCUGUCGGUCCGUCGGUCUGUCGGUCCGUCCACCAGGUGGUUGUCAGACGAUAACUCAAGAACGCUUGGGCCUAGGAUCAUGAAACUUCAUAGGUACAUUGAUUAUGACUCGCAGAUGACCCCUAUUGAUUUUGAGGUCACUAGGUCAAAGGUCAAGGUCACAGUGACCUGAAAUAGUAAAAUGGUUUUUGAAUGAUUACUCAAGAACGCAUACGCCUAGGAUCAUGAAACUUCAUGGGUAGAUUAAUCAUGACUUGCAGAUGACCCCUAUUGAUUUUGAGGUCACUAGGUCAAAGGUCAAGGUCACGGUGACCCGAAAUAGUAAAAUGGUUUCCAGAUGAUAACUCAAGAACGCAUACGCCUAGGAUCAUGAAACUUCAUGGGUAGAUUGAUCAUGACUCGCAGAUGACCUCUAUUGAUUUUGAGGUCACUAGGUCAAAGCUCAAGGUCACGGUGACCCGAAAUAGUAAAAUGGUUUUCGGAUGAUAACUCAAGAACGCAUACGCCUAGGAUCAUGAAACUUCAUAGGUAGAUUGAUCAUGACUUGCAGAUGACCCCUAUUGAUUUUGAGGUCACAAGGUCAAAGGUCAAGGUCACGGUGACCCGAAAUAGUAAAAUGAUUUUCGGAUGAUAACUCAAGAACGCUUUUGCCUAGGAUCAUGACACUUCAUAGGUACAUUGAUCGUGACCCGCAGAUGACCCCUAUUGAUUUUCAGGUCACUAGGUCAAAGGUCAAGGUCACAGUGACAAAAAUCGUAUUCACACAAUGGCUCCCACUACAACGGACAGCCCAUAUGGGGGGCAUGCAUGUUUUACAAACAGCCCUUGUUUAUUUUGCCAUGUUUCAAGCUAUUAAAUUUUCUGUAAAGGUAUUUCACAUAAACGUUGUGCAUCAACGCUGGUUGGAAACUAGUUCUUAUUUCAAUUUACACCCAUAAUUGCGCAUUUUGUUAAGAUCAAAUGUAAUGAUUCAGUGUAAAUAAUGGCUUUCGCCAUGCUCUUAAAAAAGAAUAAAUUGUUGGGUUAAAAAAGCGUGUUAUAUCCAAGUUUCAAAUAUAUUAUUUAUAAAAUCAUAUAAACUGUUCAAUAUAUUACAGAAUAUCACUCGACGGCAUAAUUAAAACCUUGCACCUGUAACCAUGGCUGAGAUAUGCUCCAAAUCAGUACCAAUCACCGCCCACAGCGUCAGUCAGCUCAAAGCACCCAUGUGUUUUUUUUAGCUCACCUGAGCACGUUCACCUGAGCACAACGUGCUCAUGGUGAGCUUUUGUGAUCGCUUUUUGUCCGUCAUGAGUCGUCCGUCGUGCGUCGUCAACAUUUUGCCUUGUGAACACUCUAGAGGCCACAUUUAUUGUCUGAUCUUAAUGAAAUUUGGUCAGAACAUUUGUCCCAUUGAUACCUCGACUGAGUUCGAAACUGGUACAUGCUGGGUAAAAAACUAGGUCACUAGGUCAAAAAAAAGAAAAACCUUGUGAACACUGUAGAAGUCACAUUUGAUGCCCAAUCUUCAUCUAACUUUGUCAAAAUGUUUGUCUAAAUGAUAUGUUGGUUGAGUUCAAAAAUGGUUCCGGUCCGUUGAAAAACAUGGCCGCCAGGGGGUGGGCAGUAUUCCUUAUAUGGCUAUAGAGAAACCUUGUGAACACUCUAGAAGUCACAAUUUUUGCCCAAUCAUCAUGAAACUUGGUCAACACAUUGGUUUUAUUGAUAUCUUAGACGAGUUCAAAAAUGGUCCAGAUCGGUGAAAAAACAUGGCCGCCAGGGGGCAGGGCAGUUCUCCUUAUAUGGGUAUUGUAAAACCUUGUAACACUCUAGAGGUCACAUAUAUAGUCCAAUCUUCAUGAAAUUUGGUCGGAAGUUUUGUCUCAAUGAUAUAUUGGAUGAGUUCGAAAAUGGUUACGUUUGCUUGAAAAACAUGGCUGCCAAGGGACGGGGCAUUUAUCCUUAUAUGGCUAUAUAUGGCUAUAGUAAAAUCUUGUUAACACUCUAGAGGCCACAUUUAUUGUCCGAUCUUCAUGAAACUUGGUCAGAAGAUUCACCCCAAUAAUAUCUUGGACGAGUUCAAAAAUGAUGCUGGUUGGUUGAAAAACAUGGCUUCCAGGGGGCAGGGCAUUUUUCCUUAUAUGGCUAUAGUAAAACCUUGUUAACACUCUAGAGGCCACAUUUAUUUUCAGAUCUUCGUGAAACUUGGUCAGAAGAUUUGUUCUAAUGAUAUCUUGGAUGAGUUCGAAAAUGGUUUCGGUUGCUUAAAAAACAUGGCCACUAGGGAGCGGGGCAUUUUUCCUAAUAUGGCUAUAUAUCAUGCUUUAGUAAAACCUUGUUAACACUCUAGAGGCCACAUUUAUUGUCCGAUCAUCAUGAAACUUUGUCAGAUGAUUUGUCCCUAUGAUAUCUUGGAUGAGUUUGAAAAUUGUUCCGGUUGGUGGAAAAACAUGGCCGCCAAGGGGGCGUGGCAUGUUUCCUUAUAUAGCUAUAGUUAAACCUUGUUAACACUCUAGAAGCGAUAUUUAUUGUACGAUCAUCAUGAAACUUUGUCAGAAGAUUUGUCGCAAUGAAAUUUUGGACAAGUUGGAAAUUGGUUCCAGUUGCUUGAAAAACAUGGCCACCAGUGGGCGGGGCAUUUUUCCUUAUAUGGACUUAUGAAUCGUCAGUAUAUUUGUUUAAAUGAUAUCUUGGAUGUGUAUGAAAAUGGUUCUGGUCUGUUGAAAAACGUGGCUGCCAGGGUGUUCACUUUUCAUGAAAGUUGGUAAGAACAUAUUGUUCUAAUGACAUCUUGGGCUGCACAGAACAGGUCAGUUCCUUUGAAUUUCAGGUGAGCGACUUUGGGCCUUUCAGGCCCUCUUGUUUACUAUAUGCUAUAUUUAAUGCCCUUCUAUGUACAUGUACAUAACUUAUGUUUGUUUUGUUACAUUCGCAUUACGUUUACAAAACGGAUAUCAAUAAAAAAAAUCAAAACUGUC